AUGGACCCAAACAUUUUUGUGUUAGUUUCAGCUGAAAAUUUCAGCUCGAAACCAAUAAUUUGUUCCAGCAAAUCCUCACCAACUGCCGCUCAGCCUGUUCAUGUCCAACAAGAGAGUCCGCGGGCCGCUUAUCACCCUCAAAUCAAUCAAUAUGCCCGUCCAGUGUCUGUUUCACCAGUACCAUCUGCCGGAGGGAAGACUAUCACCACUCAUUAUCAUACACCAAAAACACAGGGCAUUUUGAGCCCAGCUCAACGCGGCGUGCCAAACGCGGCCUUCGGUGCGGACCUCUCAAAGACCGUAACCUAUGGCGGGGGCGUGGGACCCGGCGGGACCCACUACGACCCAAAUCGCCUGUCGCCGGCUCCAUCUCAAUUUUCUCAAGGCUCGAGACAAACGGCUCCGCCACCAGUGCCAUCGAAUCCGCCACCGUCUCAUGAAAAUCCGUCUUCCCGAGUCCCAGACUCUGUUCGAUCUGCAGUCUCCCCACGACGCACCGGAAAAGUGCCACGUCAAUGGCCUCCACCACAGGCUCCGCCCACAAAUCGAUAUUGGCAAAUUGAUCCGGCAGAUGCGCUCAAGAAAGAGAAAGAGAAAUUAAAUUAUGGAGAAGAUCUAGCAGCACUAAUUAAGGAAGUGGAGGCGGCGAAAGGGGCGGAGCCUAAAGGCGCUGAACCUAAAAAAGGGGCGGAGUCAAAACGAAAAGCCAGAAGGGCAUCAAAUAUCAGUAAGGAGAAAGUCAAAGAGGCGUUUGAGGAGCAUAGGAAGAGAAAAGAGGCAGAGCUUCGAGUAGAUGUAAAGGGGGAGGAUAAAGGGGCGGAGCCUAAAGGGGCGGAGCCUCCAAAAAUAGAAAGUCGAAUUCACUGGACCGUAAUCCACAGCCCUGUACGCUCCCCGAGCCCCGCAAAAGUGACCUCCGAGCCCUCCGAUGGAAUUUUUAAGCCGAUUCCAAAAUAUGCGACGCCGCCCCCAAUUCAAAUCUCCAAAACCGCGACACCAGUGCCUUUCCAAGCUCCGCCCCCUUCUCAAGCUCCGCCCAUUCCACUUCCAAGGUCCCCGGAACUCUCCCCGGUUCGAUCCUACAUUGUUCGCAGCUCCGACGCUAAUAUAACCACAUCCACGGAACUGCAAACUACAGUAACCCGAUUCUCGGCGGCCCCGCCCACAAAUUUGGCUCCGCCCACUGCUCAAGUACACGAUCAGAGUACGUCUCCAAUUCCAUCGAUUCGAUUGCACAGGAAAAAUGAGAAGAUUACGGUACCUACAGUAUCAGUGGAGGCGGCGACAAGUCCGAUUAAGGUGAAGGAGGCCACUCCCACUCAAGCUCCACCCACUUUUGGUUUCUCGGAAAAUCAGGCUCCGCCCACUUUUAGAAAUCAGGCUCCGGCCGCUUUUAGGUCAUCGGACGACCAGGCUCCGCCCACUUUCAAAAUCGAUCGUCCAUACGAAGCUCCGCCCACUUCUCAUGAGACCACGCCCCCUCGAUCUGUUCAGCAAAGAGAACAGGCUUCGCCCACAAGAUAUGAGGCCCCGCCCACUUCUCAUGAUGUUCCGAAGUUUAAGGCCCAGCUCACUCGCUCAGCUCAGCAUAAAGAGCAGGCUCCGCCUCUCCAGGCUCCGCCCCAAAAAUUCGAAACUCCGCCUCUCCAGGCUCCGCCCCAAAAAUUCGAAGAUCCGCCCACUUUCCAACCCAGGGAACAAACCCCGCCCCUUUUGGAUCACACCGCCCUUAUGGACCAAGUGGGCCGCCCAUCAGAAUACUCUUAUAAUCCAGGAUCAAUCAAAAUUCACGAACCAACGGGACCACGACCACUUACAGUAUCCCCAAAGCCAUUUUUAAGCUCCGCCCACUAUCACGAAACUCAUGAAGCCCCGCCCACCCCUACAACUACAGUAAGAAGGGACCCUAAACAUUUCAAAAAAGUGGAUUUCUCGAAAACGAGUCCUACAGUAAUCCCCAAAACGGAAUGGAAGGAUUCGGCGGAUAUAAUUGAUGAAUCGGACAUCUUAACAGAGGAAAUUGACGAUUGCUCAUUGUUGAAAGCCGCGACUUAUGAUGGUGACGAGUCGGAAAUGAUUGAUGACGUGGCAACUUUCGAAAUCGAGGAAGAGGAAAUUCUGGAGGUUUCUAGGCCAUCGAAAAUUCGAGUCGUUGGAAAAUCGCAAGGAGGAGGAGAAGCUGAGCAAUUGUGGAGACAACGAGCCAUGGAACUUCUGGAUGACGAUGCGCAGACAGAGAGGGAUCUUAUGAUAGUGGCAGCGCUUAAUGAGAGACUACAAGGUCUUCGAGAAAUGGAAGACGACGAUCGAGUUCGUGCCAUCGAGUGCAUUGCUCGCCAUCAAAGUGAGCUGGAACAAACCCAAACUCAGCUGAGCACUCUUCUAGAGUCCGCAAUUGUAUAUUUACAAAAUCUCCGGCCCGUGGAGGACACCCCAGAGCCAAGCAUCGCUGGUGACCGUGUAGCUGAGCUCCGGAAGAAGGUUCUAGACGAUUUGGAGCAAUUACCGAUCCUCGGACAGGCUCCGCCCCCUCCGGAGCGCAAGGUUUUCCCUUUUGAAUCUUAUCAACCGGAUAGAGAGGGGGCUGUGGAGACGCAGAGUUUGCACGAUGUCCUUGAUGAGUUCUAUUCGAUUCGAAAACCUUCGGGACGCUCAGAUUCUUCGGCGGAAGACUCGAGAAACUUCUUAGCUGCCCGCCUUGGCCAGGUGAUGAUCAGUGAUAAGAAUGGUGUUGGAGAUAAUGGAAAUGGAAAUUUACAAGGCUCCUCCUACACGAAGACUAGUUUCGAGCGCACGACGACUAAUGGGGAUGCUCCGCAAGCCGGACAUUUGACCACAACAACCACCACAACUCAGCAGCAAAAUGGAGGACGUGUACCGUAUUGUGAGGCAUGCAAGAAUCAGAUUCGAGCCCGCGCCGCUGCGGGCCGUGCCGAUGAGCCAGCCUAUCUCCGAAGUGAGACACUUCGCUUGCUCAAAGAGCAAGAGCACGGAGCACCAACGACUCUGUCGAAUCACCCAAAUCCCAGUGGUCUUCCAGUAUGUUUUAUGUGCACUAGACCGAUUCUGGGUGUCAUGGCUCGUGCCGCCGGCAAGAAUCUUCAUGGGGACUGUCUGUCGUGUGCCACCUGUGGAAACUCACUGAGAAACGUUGGACAUCACUUCAUUGAGGACAAGUUCUACUGUGACAUUCAUGGAACCCAACGGAAAGCCGGCGGACGUCCGGGAAUGGACCCAAACAUUUUUGUGUUAGUUUCAGCUGAAAAUUUCAGCUCGAAACCAAUAAUUUGUUCCAGCAAAUCCUCACCAACUGCCGCUCAGCCUGUUCAUGUCCAACAAGAGAGUCCGCGGGCCGCUUAUCACCCUCAAAUCAAUCAAUAUGCCCGUCCAGUGUCUGUUUCACCAGUACCAUCUGCCGGAGGGAAGACUAUCACCACUCAUUAUCAUACACCAAAAACACAGGGCAUUUUGAGCCCAGCUCAACGCGGCGUGCCAAACGCGGCUUUCGGUGCGGACCUCUCAAAGACCGUAACCUAUGGCGGGGGCGUGGGACCCGGCGGGACCCACUACGACCCAAAUCGCCUGUCGCCGGCUCCAUCUCAAUUUUCUCAAGGCUCGAGACAAACGGCUCCGCCACCAGUGCCAUCGAAUCCGCCACCGUCUCAUGAAAAUCCGUCUUCCCGAGUCCCAGACUCUGUUCGAUCUGCAGUCUCCCCACGACGCACCGGAAAAGUGCCACGUCAAUGGCCUCCACCACAGGCUCCGCCCACAAAUCGAUAUUGGCAAAUUGAUCCGGCAGAUGCGCUCAAGAAAGAGAAAGAGAAAUUAAAUUAUGGAGAAGAUCUAGCAGCACUAAUUAAUAAGGAGAAAGUCAAAGAGGCGUUUGAGGAGCAUAGGAAGAGAAAAGAGGCAGAGCUUCGAGUAGAUGUAAAGGGGGAGGAUAAAGGGCCUCCAAAAAUAAAAAGUCAAAUUCACUGGACCGUAAUCCACAGCCCUGUACGCUCCCCGAGCCCCGCAAAAGUGACCUCCGAGCCCUCCGAUGGAAUUUUUAAGCCGAUUCCAAAAUAUGCGACGCCGCCCCCAAUUCAAAUCUCCAAAACCGCGACACCAGUGCCUUUCCAAGCUCCGCCCCCUUCUCAAGCUCCGCCCAUUCCACUUCCAAGGUCCCCGGAACUCUCCCCGGUUCGAUCCUACAUUGUUCGCAGCUCCGACGCUAAUAUAACCACAUCCACGGAACUGCAAACUACAGUAACCCGAUUCUCGGCGGCCCCGCCCACAAAUUUGGCUCCGCCCACUGCUCAAGUACACGAUCAGAGUACGUCUCCAAUUCCAUCGAUUCGAUUGCACAGGAAAAAUGAGAAGAUUACGGUACCUACAGUAUCAGUGGAGGCGGCGACAAGUCCGAUUAAGGUGAAGGAGGCCACUCCCACUCAAGCUCCACCCACUUUUGGUUUCUCGGAAAAUCAGGCUCCGCCCACUUUUAGAAAUCAGGCUCCGGCCGCUUUUAGGUCAUCGGACGACCAGGCUCCGCCCACUUUCAAAAUCGAUCGUCCAUACGAAGCUCCGCCCACUUCUCAUGAGACCACGCCCCCUCGAUCUGUUCAGCAAAGAGAACAGGCUUCGCCCACAAGAUAUGAGGCCCCGCCCACUUCUCAUGAUGUUCCGAAGUUUAAGGCCCAAGCAGGCUCCGCCUCUCCAGGCUCCGCCCCAAAAAUUGAAACUCCGCCUCUCCAGGCUCCGCCCCAAAAAUUCGAAGAUCCGCCCACUUUCCAACCCAGGGAACAAACCCCGCCCCUUUUGGAUCACACCGCCCUUAUGGACCAAGUGGGCCGCCCAUCAGAAUACUCUUAUAAUCCAGGAUCAAUCAAAAUUCACGAACCAACGGGACCACGACCACUUACAGUAUCCCCAAAGCCAUUUUUAAGCUCCGCCCACUAUCACGAAACUCAUGAAGCCCCGCCCACCCCUACAACUACAGUAAGAAGGGACCCUAAACAUUUCAAAAAAGUGGAUUUCUCGAAAACGAGUCCUACAGUAAUCCCCAAAACGGAAUGGAAGGAUUCGGCGGAUAUAAUUGAUGAAUCGGACAUCUUAACAGAGGAAAUUGACGAUUGCUCAUUGUUGAAAGCCGCGACUUAUGAUGGUGACGAGUCGGAAAUGAUUGAUGACGUGGCAACUUUCGAAAUCGAGGAAGAGGAAAUUCUGGAGGUUUCUAGGCCAUCGAAAAUUCGAGUCGUUGGAAAAUCGCAAGGAGGAGGAGAAGCUGAGCAAUUGUGGAGACAACGAGCCAUGGAACUUCUGGAUGACGAUGCGCAGACAGAGAGGGAUCUUAUGAUAGUGGCAGCGCUUAAUGAGAGACUACAAGGUCUUCGAGAAAUGGAAGACGACGAUCGAGUUCGUGCCAUCGAGUGCAUUGCUCGCCAUCAAAGUGAGCUGGAACAAACCCAAACUCAGCUGAGCACUCUUCUAGAGUCCGCAAUUGUAUAUUUACAAAAUCUCCGGCCCGUGGAGGACACCCCAGAGCCAAGCAUCGCUGGUGACCGUGUAGCUGAGCUCCGGAAGAAGGUUCUAGACGAUUUGGAGCAAUUACCGAUCCUCGGACAGGCUCCGCCCCCUCCGGAGCGCAAGGUUUUCCCUUUUGAAUCUUAUCAACCGGAUAGAGAGGGGGCUGUGGAGACGCAGAGUUUGCACGAUGUCCUUGAUGAGUUCUAUUCGAUUCGAAAACCUUCGGGACGCUCAGAUUCUUCGGCGGAAGACUCGAGAAACUUCUUAGCUGCCCGCCUUGGCCAGGUGAUGAUCAGUGAUAAGAAUGGUGUUGGAGAUAAUGGAAAUGGAAAUUUACAAGGCUCCUCCUACACGAAGACUAGUUUCGAGCGCACGACGACUAAUGGGGAUGCUCCGCAAGCCGGACAUUUGACCACAACAACCACCACAACUCAGCAGCAAAAUGGAGGACGUGUACCGUAUUGUGAGGCAUGCAAGAAUCAGAUUCGAUUCAAAUUCAACAAAUUCAGCGGCGCGUUCGUCCUGGCCGCCGGAAAGUCUUGGUGCCCGGAGCACUUUGUCUGUGCCAACUCGUCGUGCCGUCGCCGUCUUCUGGAGUGUGGAUUCGUGGAGGAAGAUGGUCAGAAGUUCUGUGAAUCUUGUUUCGAGCAGCACAUUGCUCCAAAAUGCUCCAAAUGCUCGAAAUCCAUCAUUUCUGAUUGUUUGAAUGCUCUUCAGAAAAAAUGGCAUCCGACCUGUUUCACGUGUGCCCACUGUCAAAAACCGUUCGGCAACAGUGCAUUCUAUUUGGAGGCGGGGCUACCGUACUGCGAGCAAGACUGGAACGCGCUGUUCACCACGAAGUGCGUCAGUUGCCGCUAUCCGAUUGAGGCCGGCGAUCGAUGGGUCGAGGCGCUGGGAAAUGCGUUCCAUUCGAAUUGUUUUACCUGUGCGCGCUGCAAUAUCAACCUCGAGGGCGAGAGCUUCUUCGCCAAAAAUGGCCAACCAUUCUGCCGAAAUCACGCCUAG